UCUCCAACUCUCAUCUCCAAUGUGAGUUUUUCAUCCGUGCGAGUUCGUUAAUAGCAACUGUAGCUCUCGUUAAAAUCGAAAUAAAUUACCAGUAGUUUUAAAUUAAUUGACAAAUUUGGUUGCGCAGCGUUUGAAUAAUAACUAAAUUGAAAGCAGAGCUAAAGAGAGAGUAUUAAUUGCUAAGGCUAAAAGAGUCGAGUCAAGAGAUUGUGUGAGAGAUAGAGAAAGAAAGAGAUAAAGAGAGUGGAGUGUGGAGGAGGUCAGGAAAUGGAAGAUUCUAAAAAUAAGAAAAAACUAACAUAAACUCUAUUAUUGACGGAAAGAUGCACAAAAUGGAAGCACAAGUACUGGUACAGCUGCUGGAGCACCUAAAGAAAACUCCACGGUCCCAAUUGCCAUCGAAAUUCAUUAAUUUCUUUAAUAUUCCACAUAAGGGCCAGAGUCAGAACCAUAGAUGUAGCUUGGAGGACUUUGCUAUUUACUAUUUGGCUGCACUGCGUCAGCAUACGGAGCUUUAUUUUCGCAUCAAUGAGACGGAAACACCAAAAGCUUUGACCCCAAUAAAACAACCACAAUCGAGAAAUGCAACUACAACAACAACGCCAGCAGCACCAACAAAUGAUCCAAAUGAAUCUCUUGGCCAUCAUAGUAUCAAUAGCAGCUCAUCGUCAUCCAUAUGCACUCCAGGACGGAAUCAACAGCAUCCGAGACGAUCAACUUUUUCAAGUACACCGCAUAGUAAUAACCGCAGUGGCGGCGGAGGAGGAGGCAAUAAUAGCUUGUGCUUGGGUGAUUUUCUGGUCAAUACACCAAAUCAAAGUCAGCAGCAGCGUUCGAAAAAGAAAACCACGCCACAACAACAGCAAGGAACGCCAUCAUCAUCCUCUUCAUCCCAGGCACAGCAGCAGCAAACAAAGCCACGACGUCGUGUCUUACCCAUGACCAUCAGCAAGAAUGUUUCGGCAAAUUCAUCAUUUGGCGACACCAGCUCCUUUAGCAAUGACAACAAUCUGUGGCGACUCUCGCACAAUAGUGAACUCUUGGAUCGCAGUCAGGGCGCAGCUCUAGAACUAGAGACACGUCAAACCUUGAUCCUGAAAAAGCAUGAAAUCAGGAAUGAGGCACCUGUUAGUGGCGGUCCACUUGACAGACCUAUUCAAGAGAUUGGUAAUGCAUCGUCAGACGGCGGCGGCAAGCAAAUGACAAAGGAAUUUGAUUUAAAUGGUCUUCAUAAUCAAAAGCAAUUGGAAUUAUUGGCCACAAUUUAUGAGCAAUUAAUAAAUUUGAAUUUGGUUCCCAAUGUUUUGGGGGAACUGGGAUACCAAUUGCAAUUACUAAACAACAUACACGAUGUGAGCAAUGAGGGUAUAUGUCAAAACGAUUUGGACUCUAGCUCCUCCUCACCCAUGGGCAGAUUGACCUUACACAAGGAUUGCAUUUACUUUGUUCUACGUUUGCUUGAGUAUCAAAUAAAAUUGCUAAUGCAAUUGGAUAGAAAAUCUCUCAGUGUUUUGCUGCAGCAAGAACGUUUGAGCCUUUUACCCAAAGAUUUGCUGAUGAAACUCGAAUUAAAAUGCCAACAGAAACAGGAAAAUUUCAAAAACAGUACCGAAUCAAAUGCAAGAAUAACAAAUCAACAGCAAAAUGUGUACUAUCAUCAGGAAAAGGAUUCGCGUGAUAAUUUUCCCACACAAAAUGAAUUUGUUGCCUUCAAGGCACAACGUGAUCAUUUUUAUAAAUGCCUAAAAUAUUGGGAACUAAGUCAUCUAAAUAGAAUAUUCAAUUUCAAAAGUGAAAUGACUCAUAAAAUACGAGAGAUUUUCGUUGCAUCGGAACAUGCAGUUAAUAUGGCUCAUUUCGCCAAGUUAUUUGUUAGCCAAUUAAUUAUUUCGGCUAGCGAGACGACUGAAUCUCCCGAAGAGCUGGGCUUAAAACUCGAUCAAUUGAGACUUAAUCGUCUGGCCCAGAGAUUGGUCACAUCGAAUUCCAGCGUAGAGGAUCAAUUCCCACGAUCGCAGAGUUUCUUUCGUGAUUUCAUCAAUGAAUGUGGAUCUCUGGCGUUUAUGGAGCAGCUUAAGUUGGCCCUCUAUGCACAAUUGUUGCGUUACAAUGACUCCACCUUUGAGAUGGUUCAGAUGCAACAGAAUCAAGAUGAAGACCAGCCGCCCUCCGCCCAACAAGGUCCAUUUAUAGUGCGGCCACAAAUUCUAGCCAAUAUGCUGAUUUUGGCCAAAUUCUUGGGCUAUAUAAUGGCAUUGCCAUUUAAUCAGGGCAACAGCAGCAGCAGUCACAGUGCUCAAUCGACAUUUGUUUGCCCUCAGCAAUUGCAAUUGCGGUCUCAUUUUCAACCAAAUUUCAAUUUACUUCAGAUUCUAGAGCACUCAAUGGGUCAGGGUAAAUUAUUAAUUACAUUACCCUGGCUAGUACAGUAUUUGGUCAUGCUGGAUAUUGUCACUUUACAACUGCCCGAUAUUUUGGCCACUCUUGAUCUUUUAUAUGCUCUCUAUGCCAAAGCUACGCCCAUGGAUAAUAUUCAAUCGGAAGCCGUCUUCAUAAUACGCAGCUCGAUCGGUUGGCUAAUGGAGGCUCAACCGCAAUUGGUUAACUCUUACUAUACAUAUCGAUCGAGUGGUUCAUGUGUGGGGGUGAGCCUUGUCGAUAAUUGUAUCCAUGGACUGUUGCAAACUGUGAAUAAAACCGAUAGCCAAAGACUACCGAUGAUGGAAGAACUGCUGACUGUGGCCUGUCCGUCUCUCAAUGAAUUCAGAGUAACCAUUAUGACAUGUAGGCCGACGCAGAGUACUUCCCGAAGUGGACGUUAUCGUUAUAUAACCACACGCCUCGAGCAGCUCAAUCAGAGCAAUAGCGGUAGUCCCUCCUCCUCAUCCUCAACUUCGCUCCUCACUGGCCACGGCCAAAGGGUUGUUCUCAAUGCUGGCGAGUUGCAACAGCGGCAAUUGCAAGAGGCUUUUCUACAUUCCCAAAAUGCCUCCAUGCGGCGUCUUAUCGAAUUCGUAACCGAACGGAGUUUCAAGUGUGUAGUUAAGGAUGCCCAAAUCAAUAUAUUGCUGCCAUCUAAGGCCUCUGCCGAUGCCCAGGUUAAUGAGAUUACGUCCACGCACACACAAGAGGUUCUUAAGAAUCUUCAAGAGAUCUAUCAAACUACUAGAUUGCAAGCAUGCCAACGUUGGACAGAGGAAGUUCCACACAUGUUGGAUCAACGGAUAGAACAGUCAUUGCAGGCCCUUCUACCAGCCAAUACCAAUGCCAUAGUCCAGCUCUCCUACUCUCACAUAAUACGCACCACAGCUCAACCUCAGCUUCAACAAUGGUUACAAUCAAGCGUCAUGCAAUCGAAUUUCUAUCAUGGUGAUCUCCAUGAACUUGCUGGCAAAAUAUGUCGCUCCAAUAAGAAUAAAUUACACACUGGCGAAACUGGUAGCGUCACUGGUAGCGUCACUGGCAGCGUCACUGGCACCGGCACCAACAGCGGCUCAUCCAGUGAGAUGUGUCUGAGUCCAGAUCCCAGUUUGAGUCUCUCUGAGUUGUUGUAUGAUCUGCAGCAGUGGUUACAUUGCCUCAGUUUGAAACCAAGAAAUAAUUUGUUUUAUUGUCCGAAUUUACUUGUGCUCAUUCAACGAGCACGUCAAGGCUGCCGUUUGUCACAAUUGCCUACCGUUUUUUAUCAGCUAAUUGGCUCAGGAAUGGUGCGUCUAAAUCAGCUAUUGAUUUGUAAGCAGCCGCAACUAUUAAGCCAAGAGAUUUUAUCCAACACCUGCGACAUUUGGCAAGCACCACAAAUGGCCGAAUGUUGUAAAUCUCCUGGCAUUUUUGAUGAUCUACUUAGUGUGACAUUCAUACAAGAAUUGGAUGCUACUCCAGGACGUUAUCAAUUGCUUGAAAAGCUUCUUCUGACCAUGCUGGAUAGGGGCAUUGUGAAUGCCAAUGAGCUCAAUGAAAUGAUUAUGCCACUUUUCAAGCAAGAUUGGCCGACUGCUACUUGGACAGAACUCUCUCGAUUGCUGCAACAGCUCUCGCUUAGUUCCAAGAAUGCUUCAAUGACAACAGCUAAAGACGAUGAUCGUUCCACAAGUCCCGAAGAUGAUGCCAAAUCGCAUCUUUUUAUGGAAAUGCUGGCCGAUCUGUCGCGUGAUUUGGAUAGUUUUUAAACCCCCCUUCUCAUUGACGAAAUGCCUGUCGAUUAUGUCAUUUUUUGUUUUUUGUAUUAUUUGUGAGAAUAAAAUGCUACAACAACUGGAAAA